GGUCUGGAGGCUCAGUCAGGGGUAGGUGCAAUAGUGCGGCGGCUGAUGCGUACAGAGAGAUAACACAACAACGCUGGACAGACACAGCUAGGAAAUGUACACAAAAUGCUUCGUCCUUUGACCAGCCGCUGGAUGUGAACGAAAGAAUAUUUUUUUUCCAAAGCUAUAUAUUUAAAAGCACGAGAAGCUUUCGCUUUUAGAGUGAAACAGCCGAGCGCAGGCAGAGCCUUUUGGCGCAGAAAUCAUUCCAGCAGAGCCCUCUCUCUGGCUGAUGCGCGUUAGCGGUGCAUGAAUUGUGCCGUCUGGUUCGCAGGUUUAGGACAAAUCCGGGUGGCGUUAACCGACUGAGCGAGGGGGAUCCAGCCCGUGAGUGCACCUCAUCCACUUCUACCUACACCUCUUGGCACCUGACCCAGGAUGGCGUUAACCAUCUGCACGCGAUUCACCGACGAAUAUCAGCUGUUCGAGGAGCUGGGGAAGGGUGCAUUCUCCGUGGUAAGGAGGUGUGUGAAGAUCUCGUCUGGACAAGAAUAUGCCGCCAAAAUCAUCAACACCAAGAAGCUUUCUGCUAGAGAUCAUCAGAAGCUCGAGAGGGAGGCGAGGAUUUGUCGUUUACUAAAGCACCCCAACAUCGUAAGACUUCAUGACAGCAUAUCAGAGGAGGGCUUCCACUAUCUGGUGUUUGAUCUGGUGACAGGAGGAGAGCUGUUUGAGGACAUCGUAGCCAGGGAAUACUACAGUGAAGCUGAUGCCAGCCACUGCAUACAGCAGAUCCUGGAGAGUGUCCAUCACUGCCAUGUUAAUGGGAUCGUUCACAGGGAUCUGAAGCCUGAGAACCUUCUAUUGGCCAGUAAGCUGAAGGGGGCGGCGGUCAAGUUGGCUGACUUUGGGCUGGCUAUCGAAGUACAGGGGGACCAACAGGCAUGGUUUGGAUUUGCUGGCACUCCGGGCUACUUGUCCCCUGAAGUCUUGAGAAAAGAUCCUUAUGGAAAACCGGUGGACAUGUGGGCCUGCGGUGUGAUUUUGUACAUCCUUCUGGUGGGCUAUCCUCCCUUCUGGGAUGAAGAUCAACACCGCCUCUAUCAGCAAAUCAAGGCCGGAGCCUAUGAUUUUCCAUCCCCUGAGUGGGACACUGUAACUCCGGAGGCCAAAGAUCUGAUAAACAAGAUGCUGACGAUCAACCCAAGUAAACGCAUCACAGCUGCAGAGGCCCUCAAACACCCUUGGAUCUGCCAACGGUCCACUGUAGCUUCCAUGAUGCACAGGCAGGAGACUGUGGAGUGCCUGAAGAAAUUCAAUGCCAGGAGGAAACUCAAGGGAGCAAUACUGACCACUUUGCUGGUCACAAGAAACUUCUCAGCAGCCAAGAGUUUGCUCAACAAGAAGCCAGACGGCGUUAAGGUCAACAACAAAGCCAACACAGUGACCAGUCCUAAAGACACUGGCCCUGCCCCUGCACUGGAACCACAGACAACUGUGAUUCACAACCCCGUGGAUGGAAACAAGGAGUCCAUUGAGAGUGCCAAUACAACCAUUGAGGAUGAAGAUGUAAAAGCCCUUCGACUGGGCAGCUUAGUGGGCGGUAUCUUGAGUUCUAAGAGUCGUUCCUCACAGAUGUCAGACUCGUCACAGACUCCCACCUCCACAAUUCAGACCUGCACCAAUAACAAUAAAGCGCGCAAGCAGGAAAUCAUCAAGGUCACCGAACAGUUGAUUGAGUCCAUCAACAACGGAGACUUUGAGGCCUACGCGAAGAUUUGUGAUCCUGGUCUGACUUCUUUUGAACCUGAGGCCCUGGGGAAUUUGGUGGAGGGACACGACUUUCAUCGCUUCUAUUUCGAGAAUGCAUUGUCUAAAGGGAACAAGCCUGUGCACACCAUCCUGCUGAACCCACACGUGCACCUCAUUGGGGAGAAUGCAGCGUGCAUCGCCUACAUUCGGCUGACCCAGUACAUGGAUGGGAGCGGCAUGCCACGCACCAUGCAGUCCGAAGAGACCCGUGUGUGGCACCGCCGCGAUGGGAAGUGGCAAAACAUUCACUUCCAUCGCUCGGGCUCACCCAGUAUCCCCUCCCCUUAAGAGAGCUUACUGGGAAUCAACACAUGGGGGGAAAGGGAGACAGAAAUGAAAUCCCUUGAGCGAAUCUAGUGGAGCAGUCAACUAGCCAACCCACAACUACUCUGUUGACCCCUGACCCUUCUUUUGAGGAUUUGACGCCGCACAGGACACAAGUAUUAUUACAUUCUACUGUUAUUGCAUUUUUUGAGAGGACAUUGUUCGAACCCACCACCAGGGUGGCUGCACACAUAUUUGGACGUUACGAAACAAGCAUAUUAAGAAAAACCAUUUGAGUUUUGUUUUAUUCUUCUGUUUCUUUUUUAAGAUGUUUUGGUAUGCAUUUUAAAUAUAAAAAUAGAGAUGUUUAAAAAUAUAUGACUGUAACCUCUCCCAAAAAUUAGCUCUGUAUUUUUAUGUGUAUUUAUGUGUGUGCAACUCAAAAACAUUUGGAAGAUCAGAAUGUUAAAAACUGAGCUUGCUUUAGUUCUGGUGAUGUAUAUAUAAAUUGUGAUUGUUGGUUAAAAAAAGAAAAACAAAUACAAACAUUGAAAUUAUUAUUCUUGCUAUUCGAAGACUUAAGAGUUUAUGUAAAAUCCAGUUUAUGAGCUACAUUUGUUUGCUAUGAGCUAUAAGUCAUUCUGUUUAAAAUGAUCGGAUUUAAACCUAUAGUACUAAUUUAGAGGUUAAGCAGAGCAGCUUACACUUUGCAUUGAGAAAUGUUUGCUUUUAUAUUGGUGAAAUAAGAAAUAUGAGAAUGUAGCAUAUAUGUAACAUAUGGAAACUCAAGACAAUUGUGUAGUGCAUGGUGCAGAGAGGGGGUAUCACCCUGGGUAAGAUCAUAUGGAACUAAAAUAUCUUCUAUUUAAUUUGUUGAUCACUGACUUGUUUGUUUGCAUCGGUUAUUGUUGUGCAUCAGUCUUUGUCCCAAAUGUUUCUAAUGUUCUCCGGUGUCAUGGAGCUGUUGUAAAAUCAGUAACACUGUUAUGGUACCAUCUUGCACUAAUUUCAAAAUCAUGUCAAGCAGAAAGGAAAAAUAAAAUACUAGCUAUAGAAACACCUCGGAAAUUUUGUAAAAAAAUAAACAAACAAUCAAAACAAAAAAAGGGAUUUAAAGAAGAUGGAUUUUUCAUAAUGUUUGUACUUGUAAUGUAUGAGUGUGUGUAGGGAUUCUGUUGUCAUCCUAUCCUCAUCAUACAAGUCUGAUGCUUGCCAAGAAAUAGUGCCGAGAGUGAAGAUCCAGGAAAGUCCCAACUUUCAGUGGAAACCAGACAACAUUGGACUGAGAGAUGCUCCGUUUUGAAGACUUCAGACUUCACUUAAGUUGGGAUGUCUUCCUUUUUGAUUAGUGCUUCUGCCUGUAUGUGGUCCUACCACAGCCUGGCAAUGGCCAAUGUGUUUCUUGUUCCUACUGUUUACUUUUUUUGCUUUUUUUUAGUUUGUCUUUUUUAUUUUAAGGAAAACAUGAUAAAGGUCUCUUUUGACAAAACGUAUGAUGUCAGUGCAAGGCACCACUCCUUACAUGGUGUGUACUUGUUGCCACCAUAGCAAUGGAUGGCUUAACACGUUUAAGAAAUAAAUAUAUCAUCUGAAAGAA